AUGACCGCGAAAAUCGACGAAGAAUUGGGCUCAUUUGCUCAAAAUAUUCUAGAAGUCUUAUCAAAAGAAACGAAAGAAUCCGACGAAAAAAUCGAUAAAUUAUGGACUGAUUCGGAGAAAAAAGAGUUAGCUGAACUAUUUGGUGGAAAAAAGAAGAAGAAUGUGCCAAACAGUGGAUUCAAGCACAUUUUGAACCUUUUUGAAAUUGAAAAAAGCGAGCAAGGUUUGCUACUUCUUUGUCGAAUUGUGGAUGCAAUUUUGUGGGUUUUCGCAUCGGAAAAUGAUCGAAAAAAAGAGAAAGCUAUUGUGAAAUUUGAUGCGAUUGCGGUUUUUUCGAGGAUUUUGAGGAGAAGAUUGAUUUUGAGAAUUGAAACUGCUUCAAAUUCCAAUUCAGAAAUCAUGAUGAACUUGGAAAUUGAUCGAAUUUUGUACAAAUUAUUGUUGAAUAUUGGCCUGAAAGAUGCGAGAUUUAAUUUGAAGAUUCGAAUGGCUGGAAUUGUUCAGAUUAUGUGUAGAAUGUUUAUGAAGUUUGACGAAUUAUUGGAUUGUUUUUAUCCGCUUUUUAUUCGAAUUGCAAGAUCGCGUGGGUUUUUUUAGCGGGGACAAUAUAAUGCUUUUUUUGAUUUUUGUAAAAUUAUUUUAGAAUAUCAAAAAUCACUGAAACAGUGAUUUUUUCAUGAAUUUUUUGAGUUAAUUUCAAACUUUAGAAACAAAACAAAAUAAAAAAUGAUAAAAAUGUUUUUUUGAAACAUUGAAAAUUAUUAGAGUAAAGUUUUCUUGUUUUCAUGAGCAAAUCAGAAUUUUUGAGAGAAUUGUUGAAAAUUACCUUGAAAUUGUGUUUGAAUUAUUUUACACAUUUUUUGAAACAGUGAAAAAUAUUAGAGUAAACUUUUCAUUAAAAAAAAUAUAUAAAUAUGAAUUUUUAUAAUUUUUCGAAUGGAAAUUCUGAAAAAAAUUGAUAAAAGUGAUCUGAAUUUUAUUUUUUUUCAAAUUGUUUUGCCAAUUUGAAAUUUGUUUUUUCGAAGGUUUGCUUUUGUCACCAAAGAGAAUUUCACAGAUAUUGAGAAAUUUAUUUAAUUUCAGCCAAAAUUUAGAAAUAGAUAAUUAAAAUUGCAACUGUUUUGAUUUCAACAAUAAUUUUUUUAAUUUUCUCUGAAUUAUUUUUUUUACUGUUUCAACGAAUGUUGAAAUCAAUUUUUCCUUUAAAAGUUUGUUAUAUCGUUUAAAAAUAACUCAAAAAUUCAAUAAUUCAGAAAAACAUUCAAGUUACCUGAAAUUUCAGUCUGAAUAUCCUGGAAGUUUCAAUAAAUAUUGAAAAUUAAUAAUUUUCACCGUUUCAAGAAUUGUGCAAAUUAUUUUUUUUUCCUUUAAAAUGUGUUCAUUGAAUAUUUCAAAAUGAAAGAAAAAUCACUGUUUCAAGAAUUUUUGAUAUUUUUCCAAAAUUUUUUCUAAAUGAUUAAUGCCAUUUCGUUGUACCUAAACAUUCCAAGUUUCACUCAAAAUUCAAUUUUGUAAUUUCAUCCAAAAUUCCACAGAAAAAUUUUAUUCGACAUUUUUUUUCGACAAAAAAAUUCUCAUAAUUUUCACUGUUUCAAAUAAUGUUGAAAUCAAUUUAAGUUCAUAAAUAAAAACAAAUGAAAAAAUCACUGUUUCAAAAAUUUUUGAUAUUUUUCAAUGUUUUUGUCUAAAUGAUCAAUGCCUCUUAGACUUUCCUAAAAUCUAAAAUUUUUGGGAAAAUCUGAUAAUGUUCAAAAAUCAUUUUUCAAUUUUGUCUUCAUUAUUUUUUCACUGUUUCAAAAAUUAAAUAUGUUUUCAAUCAUUUUUCUGAAAUAGUUUCCAAGCAAUUUUAAAUUUUCAAAACCUUUCAAAAAUUGAUUUUUUUGCAGCCAGAAGUGGUCAAAUGAUUGGAAGACAAGAAGGAUUUGUGAAAAAAUUGACGGAUAAAAUUUGGUAUUUGAAUGGACUCGAAAAUGCCGAAAAUAUUCAUUUAUUGGACAAACAUUUGCAAAUUUUGUUUUUUGUUCUGAAAAAUCGUGAGUUUUUCGAAAACUUUGGCGUAAAAAACCACGUAGCAAAUUUAAAAAUUCAAAGUGUUUUUAUUUCUUGCAGGCCGUGUUCGUGUGCAAAUCAUCCGUGAUUCAUAUUGUCGCACACUUCUGGAAAUUCUAGAAAAACAUUUAAAAGGGUGUUCUCCAAAACCAGCUCGGCGACUUUUGUCAAGUAUUUUUGGAACAACUGAUGAAUCGACAAAUCUGGCCAUUUCUGCACAUAUCGAAGUUAUUGUAACGAAUCUAGCUAUUUUGAGAUUGUUGGCUAAUAAUAGUGAGUUUUUUGGGGGGAAAAAUGCACUGUUUCAAAAUUUAUUUAUGGUUUUGAAUAGGCAGAAAAUUUCAUCAAAUGAAUUGCUACACAAACUCAGAUUUUCAGGAAAAAAAAUUGUAGAAAAAUUGACUGUUUUAAAACAAUGUUGAAUUUUUUAUGAAUUUUCUAAUAUUAAUGGUAAAUCAUUGUUUUUGAGGAAUCAGAUUAUUGGGAAAAAAUGCACUGUUUCAAAGAGUUUUGAAAUGUUUUUUUUUGUUUGGAAAGCCAGUACUUCGCAUAAAAACAUACCUCACCCAAGAACCUGGAGAAGUGGGAAAAAAAUUGCCCACCUGAGGCUCGCCUUAAAGACCCUAAAAUUUUUUUGCCCACCUAGGUUUUUCGAAAAAAAAAAUUGCCCACCUGGAAUUCCAGGUGUUGGGUGAGGUUUGGCAUAAAAAUACAACAUUCAACUAAAAAAUGUACUGUUUCAAAAAUUGUUUAAUUUUGUUGGGGUUUUAUGUGAGAGUGAUUCAUGAGUGUGGUUAAAUUAUAAAAUUUUUUCCAAUUCUAUUUUGAUGAGAUUAUUCGGGUGGAAAAAAUGUUCAAAAUCAAUUUUUAGGCGAAAAUUUCCAUUCAGUAUGGUUUUUUGCCAUUUUCUGUAUCUAAAUUUUUCAUGAGUCACGUAAUUUAAGUGUAAAAAACGUGUGGAAAAAUUAACUGCUUCAGAAAUUUUAAAAUUAAAUUUGGAUCUCAACAAUAACUGCUACCUAUUUGCAUUCCAAAUUAUCAGAAAAAUUAUCCAGCGAAAUUUUAAUAUUAGACAUAUUUUCCUACAAAAUUCUGUAUUGGCCCAUAAAAAUUCACUGUUUCGAAAAACUUUAAUUUGAGAUUUCAUAUUCUCAAGUUAGGAUAAUUUUCGAAUAGAAUAUAUUUUUUCGAUUAAUUUUCGGAGAAAAAUUCACUGUUUCAAGAGUUUUUGAUGUUUUUUUGGUUUUCUGAAUAAAUUGAUUCAUUUAUCUCAAUUUUGAAUAUUUUCUGAAUAAAAUUUCACUGUUUCAAGAAAUUUAAAAUUGGAAUUGUAAUUAUUAUAAGCUAUCAGCGUAAAUUGAAACAAAAUUUAUUUUUACUCGAGAAAAAUUCACUGUUUCAAAAUUUUUUUGAUUUUUCGGAGGUGUUUUGAAGCAUUAUUACUAUUGAAUCACUAGCUCAACAAAUCGAGUUUUAUUUGUAUUUUCCUUUUCCCAAAUACAAAUCUUCUUCAUUUUCCUCCUUUUCUUCAUUUUUCUCUCUUUCUCUCAAUAGAAAACUGACAAGUUAUCAUAACUUGUUUUUUAUUUUUCUUCUGAGAGUAUAUUAUUAUUAUUCCAAGAAUUGUGUAAGGCUUAAAUUUUCCAUAUAAUUUUCAAGUCAGAUACCUUUUCUACAUUUUUUUUGCAGAAAAAGCUCGCGAUGAAUUGAUUUCACUUGGAACUCUUCAAAUUUGCGCCAAAAAGCUGAAAAGUAUGAGCGAUGAAGAUGGAAAAAAUGGAAUGAAAUCGAAAAUGAUGGCAAGUUUUUUCUUUGGGGCUGGCCUGAUCAAAAAAAACAAGAAUUUUAUUGGGGGUUGA